GGAGGAAGAAGGAGAAAGGUGGGGAGAGAAAGAGAGAAGCAGAGAGAGAUCAAGCUAGUUACCAGCUGAAGGCCUUGACCACUGCCCCAGGCAGGGACCACCUAGAGAAUGGCGGCCGCUGUAUCGGAGAGCCAGGCGGAACCCAGGUUCCCAGACGAGGUCCUGGAGCUGAUCAGGGCCAACUACACCAUCCCAGAGGCCUGCUUUUCCAAACCCCCGACGGCCAUCCAGCUCCUGAAACAGCUGAGCCCCGUGGAGCUGGCCAUCACGGUGCUGCUCACCCUGCUCACCUUGGGCUCCGUCGCCAUAUACGUGGAGGACGCCGCCUACCUCCGCCGGAACAUCCGCUGCCCCAUUAAGCGCCGGACGCUGCUCUGGAAGAGCUCCGCUCCCACGCUAUUACUCCAUCUGCUUCUACCUGCUGAUGCUGGUGAUGGUGGAAGGCUUUGGAGGAAAGAGGGCGACGCUGAUAGCUCUGAAGGAUACGCCGAUGGUCGUCAACACGGGCCCCUGCUGCUGCUGCUGUCCCUGCUGCCCUCCCUUCACCAUGACCAAGAGGAGGCUGCAGCUGCUGAUGCUGGGCCCCUUCCAGUACGCCUUCCUCAAGAUGGUCUGCGUCCUGGUGGGGUUGCUGCUCAUGCCCGACGGCAUCUACGACCCCUCCGACAUCUCCGCAGCCAGCACGGCCCUCUGGAUCAACACCUUCCUGGGCGUGUCCACUUUAUUAGCCCUCUGGAGCCUGGCCAUCGUCUUCCGCCAGGCCAGGGAACGCUUGGGCGAGCAGAACAUCAAGGCCAAGUUCUCUCUAUUCCAGAUGGUCCUCAUCCUCACCGCCCUGCAGCCCUCCAUCUUCUCGGUGCUGGCCAGUACUGGAGCUAUUGCCUGUUCGCCCCCCUUCUCCCCCAAAAUCAGGUGUCGGGUGAUGAACUGCCACCUGCUCAUCAUGGAGACCUUUCUGGCAACGGUGGUCACCCGGAUCUAUUACCGCCGGCGGGACGACAAGGUCGGGUACGAAGUCUUCUCCUCUCCGCCGCCCGGCUCGGACACCCAAGCCUAGGGGGGUCGGGGCCGGCCCCGAGGACUCCCCGCCACCCCUCCCGGAUCCGUCUCGGACUUUCCCGUCGACGGCGGCGAGGGCCCGCGGCGGGUCGCCGCCGGUUCGGAGGGCGGCACCGGGCCGGCUGCCCCGGGCCGCGAGGCCCCGGUGAGGAAUAACUCUGAGGCCCCGGGACCACGGGAACCGACGGGACGCCCACGGCCGAGAGCUGGCCGCCGGGGCCUGGCGUCGCCACCACCAGUCAGCCAGUUA